AUGAUACCCGGCUACAAUUCAAUCACGCAAGCAUUUUUGGGAACUUUAUUCACAUGGGCACUUACUGCUGUUGGUUCAGGACUUGUGUUUGUAUUUCGAAGUGGACAGAGGAAAAUACUUGAUGGAAGCUUGGGCUUUGCAGCUGGGGUGAUGACAGCUGCUUCCUAUUGGUCUCUACUUGAUCCUGCUAUUGAAAUGGCUCAAUCCUCUGGCUUUUAUGGAGCCAAUGGGCAGUGGGCAUUUGUACCUGUUGCAAUUGGGUUUGCUCUUGGCUCCCUAUUUGUUUAUACAGCUGAUAUUUUUAUACCCCAUACGGCUGAUAGUCCUACUAGUAUUGCCUUAGCUUUUGAUACAGAGCCUAAACGACUCAAAGAUGGAGAUAUUUCUGCUCAAGAAAUCCAAGAACAAAGUGGCCAACAAAAAGAUGCCAGCCUAGAAACUAGUGGUAUCGAGGGUCUUGCAGUUGGAGUUGGUUUUGGUGCAAUAGGAAAAAGUAAAUCUGCAACAUUUGAAAGUGCAAGAAAUUUGGCUCUGGGUAUUGGGAUUCAAAAUUUCCCUGAAGGUUUAGCAGUUAGUUUGCCUUUACGAGGUGCUGGUCUUUCUACAUUAAAAUGUUUUUGGUGA